AUGACAAACACUCAACCAAAUAAUACCAAUACUAACACUAAUACAACUACUGUGACACAAAACAAUGUAACAUUUCCGGAUCGAGGUAAUGUACCUGUUGACAACACUACUUGUCCAACUACUACUGCAUGUCCACCUAUUAAAAAUUGUCCAUCAAUUAUCAAGUGUACUACCAAAUGUCCACCUGUUAUAAAAUGUCCACCGUGUCCACCUAUUACGAAAUGUCCAACUACUACCACAACAUGUCUACCAAUUCCUGAACAUUUGAUUACAGAUCCAACGCCGGAACACUUGAAGCCCGCCAAUACACUUGUGUCAUUAAACGAUUGUGCUUCGCUGCCGGAUAAUGUCUUCUUGACCGAUGCCCGACAUUGCCGUCGUUUCUAUAUUUGCCAAAGGGGUCGUACCAAACGUCAACAUUGUUCCUUGUCCCAGUGGUUUGAUCGUGAAACAUUAACGUGUCGUGACCGAAAAUUGGUUACAAAUUGUCCAGCUAAAAGAUCUUAA